AUGAUGAGCAGUGGCAUGUUAUCUUUGCCAGCCAUAAUUCUAUCGAUAAUACCCUUCAGCUGGUCAUCGAUGAUUUCGAUGUAUUCAACCAAACUGAAACCAGUAACAUUUGAGGAUGAAGAGGAAAUCGAUUAUCAUUUAACUCCUCUGUCAAGCCUAACAACUCCUCCAUCAAGCCCAACAACUCCUACUGUCCUUCCAUCGCAAGCUCCAACUCCAGUCGGUUUGUGCGCUCUCCCGGUUUCUCCUCCAAAGGAUCCAUAUGUUACAUACGAAAGUGGCUACCAGUUCGGUACGACAAAUGGCAGUCGAAUUGAGUAUCCAUCGCUUGCCCCUAAACUCAAAAGCAAAUUUGAUGUGUCAAUACAAUUUAAGACCAUCUCUCAGUACGGAACCAUCCUUUACGCUGCUAAUGAGCUACACACUGAGUAUGUGGCUGCGUACUUGGUUGAUGGGAAGGAUUCCUCAAUAUUCUUUGAAGGAUGUCUCAGGAACUUCAGAAUGCAUAGCAGGCCCAUCAAGAAUGCCAAGAAUCCAUCUCAAUCCUUUGGAGUCAUCCCUUGCUCUGACAGGGUUGAAAGAGACACAUAUUUUUCAGUGGAGGGCAGAUAUGUCAUACGUGCCAACAAGUUCAGAGUCCUGAAUGAGUUUGAUGUGAGACUAGAUUUCAAAUCUAGGAGUCCCUCAGGAUUUAUGCUUGGAGUGUUCUCUCAAAACAAGGAAGACUUCCUGUCCCUUCAGAUGAAAAAUGGAAAAAUUAAAUUUUCCGUGGAGAAUGUUAACGGAAUCAUAUCAACGUCAUUUGAGCCACCUAAGCCUCACUUCUUCUGUAACAGUGAAUGGCACUCACUUCAAGCUGUAAAAGCAAAGAACGUUGUGUCACUGAGUGUGAACAAAGUGUUCGUGGAGUCAGGCAUUGGUAUUGGAGGCUCAUUUAGAACUGACAUCAAAGACCCACUCUAUGUUGGAAGUCAUCCUGACGCACAGAAACUGUUCGAGGAGAACCGUUUGGAAACUACUGAAAACUUUAUUGGUUGCAUUCGGGACAGAGAUAUUCACAGCAAUGGCAAGCAAGAAGAGCAUUAGAUCACCGUCGAUGAAGCGUUUGGAAAUGUUACUGUUGGAAUCUGUUGAACCAUUUAGAAAAAUAUAGAUCUUGAAACCACUGCCACUGAAAUCUUAGAAUAUUUUUUUUUUUUUUUUUUUUUGUAAACAUUGUACUAGAUCACUGAAAUGUUCCUGAAAAUUCCAAAAGAAGAGAAUAUUAUUUAAAUGGCAAAUGGCAAAACCAAGUAUCACAAGCGCCAAAAUGGACUAUUUAUUUGAAUUUUCUCUUCAAAUUUCAUCCAAAUUAGAUGCUAAGAGUGAUUUUAAAUGUGUAUUAAAAAUUUAAGUCUUUGACGUGUUUCUAGUAGCCGUUAACUUUUUUCCGUUUUACAUUAGUCCUAUGGAAAUUCGCGUUCACUUGGCGCUGUGAUACUUUGGUUGGAAGUAGUCGAUGUCACCUUCUAGAAUAAAUGAAAGCCUUGGAGGACAAGGCGCAUAAGUGUUUUUUCAAGCAA